CCUGGCGGCCUUCUCGAGCCAUACACGCCUCUCCCGGAGUCCGAUUGGAGCGAGCUCCAAUCUAUUCAUGUGCAGCACAUCGAUUCCAUCAUCCCAUUCCUUCGGCUAACACUUCGGGGUCAAGACAUUCAAGAUGCUUUCUUUGGACUCGAGAUCUAUCAGGAUUCCGGAGUUGACAGACGUACUCUCGGGACUGAACGGUCUGUUCCCCGCAAUUUCUACGCUCGGCAUUGGGCGUUGGGGAUCGAAUUCUGAACCGGUGUGGCCAAUCGAUCGGGAUGAUAGCGAUGAGGGAAAUGCCAUGAUGGUUGCGGAAGGCUUUGAUUGGCCAGACCACGAAGCCAGUCUGUGGCCGCUCGCCGAACAGACCUGCCCAUCCUUGGGGGACUUCAAGGAUUUAAAGGCACUGAUCUGUUCGUACUCCUACGUGCCGGAUAUGGCCAGGCACUCGGGCCAUCGCCUGGCAUGUUUGGAGGAACGGCGAGGGCAGGAACUGGCGGCCGUGAUGACGCUCGCCGACCAUUGCGCAAAACUCAGCGAUGUCUUUAUUGACAGGAGGGGAUGGCACUUCUGGAAAAGGAGGCACUAUGCCCACUGGACAAAGCGGAGUUGUUCGCGUAGCGGCGAGAGUGAUCAAUGGGAGGAAGUGAAAUGGUUCUCCCAGGGCCACUUGGCCAUGUACAUCGAUUCCCUCUAA